ACUUGGAAGAUAAAAAAACAAUAACACAAAAAUGGGAGCGAAAAAGGCGAGUCACAAGGUGGUUGAAUCUACAAAGUUGGAUUGUUUGCUGUUUCAAGUGUUGGUCAAAGGCUUCGGCUGGGAAGUUUUCUUCUCUUACCUCUGUGAAGUUUUCUCGGACAUAUUAAAAUUUACUGGACUGUUGUUGUUCAGAGAGCUGAUCCGACACGUUGAAGAAAAGACGCUAGAACCAACCUGGCAUGUUUACUUUCUCUCUCUGGCCAUACUGGUCGCAUCUUGGUGCCAAACCAUUUUCUAUCACCAACAUCUUCACCUCGCUAUGACAUCAGGGAUGAGGAUGAAAACAGCUCUCAUGGCGGCCGUUUAUAAAAAGAGCUUGAGUAUCAACUCAAGACAUCAAGACCAGAGAGAUGGUGGUGAGGUCAAACAUUUUUCUGACUGUGAGAGCGUGCAGAAGUUCAUGAGUUAUUCCUCCAUGGUAUGGUCAAUCCCAUUUCAGAUCUUUCUGGCAUCUUAUUUACUUUGGAGCACUAUUGAUCUACCUGCAUUGUCAGGUGUGGGUUUGUUCCUGCUACUUGUGUUUUUCUCUGGGCUAACAGAAUACCUGCAACAGUACAUGGAGAGGAAGGAUGAAUCUUGGAAGGACAAAAAGCUAAAAAAUCUACCCCAAACAAAUGCUGAGGAACUCAAUGUUGAGUACAAAAUACAAAUGAAUGCUAUAACAGAGUUAUCUAUUGUGAAAGCUGCUAGAAUUUUAACAAGAACCUGUGCACCUUGUCUGGUGUGCUCUGUAACUUUUGCUACACAUUGUAUAGUCUACCCGGAUGUGCCUUUAACUGCACAAAAAGCCUUUGUGACAUUGGCAGUAUUAGCUUACUUGCAGUCUACUUUUGAAGUAUUUCCAGAGUUUGUCUCAGGAAUCAUGCAGGUGGUCGCUGCAGUGUCCAGAAUAGAAAGUUAUUUAUGUGGACCAGAAUUGGAUCAGUCACUCAAUAAUAGGCUUGUUACGAAAGAUGUUGCUGUAAGGAUACAUCAGGGAUUAUUUACAUGGGACUCCAAUGAAAAAUUCAGAUUAAGUGGAAUAGACCUUGACAUUCCAAGAGGAUUACUUGUGGCAGUUGUGGGACCUGAAGGCUGUGGGAAGACAUCUUUACUGUCUGCUAUAUUGGGAGAAAUGGAAUGUCUGCAAGGUCAAGUUCAGACAGCUGGUAAAUCUGCUUAUGUUCCUCAAGUGCCAUGGAUUCAGAAUUGUUGUCUAAGAGAAAAUAUUUUGUUUGGUGAAACUUUAAAUGAAGAAAAGUAUUUGCAGAUUAUUGAUGCUUGUACUCUUGAAAAGGAUAUUGAAAAUAAUUUUCAUAAUGGGGAUAAUACAGAAAAUGCUAAAAUGAAAAUGAACAAUGAUUCUUUGCAAAUACAGUGUGAAUAUAUAAGCAGAGACCAGCAACAAAAAAUCAGUGUUGCCAGAGCCCUGUAUUCCAAUGCUGAUCUCUACCUAUUUGAUGACCCUUUGUGUGAUGUCAGUAGCCAUGAUGCGAAACACAUAUUUAAACAUGUUUUUUCUAGUAACGGAAUUUUAAAAAGCAAGACACGCAUUCUGGCUACCAGUGAGGUUCAAUGGCUGCCUCUUGUUGAUUUGAUCAUCUACAUACAAGAGGGAAAUAUUUUAGAAAUGGGCUCUUACAUGGAGCUAAUGAGGAAAAAUGAAAACUUUGCCAAGUUUUCUCUAUCCAAGCUAACAGAGGAACCAGAAUUAAAGUCUGCCAUUCAAGAGGAUGAAGAAGUUAAAGAAAUAAAGAUGAAAAUGAGGGAACAUAGAAAACUAAUAGCCAACCAAUCAAAAGACAUUAAAUUAGAGGAGUAUAAUCAUAGCGUCAAACAAAAUGGUUUGGAAAGAAUGGAAUGCUGGAGCUGCUCCAUACCAGCGAAACUUAAAGAUACUAAGAAGGGACACAACCACUUUUCCCCUUUUGCUUUAGCAGCCAAAGACCAGGGCAUGCAAGGAGAUGACAAGCUAGGAAAUAUUAACCAUCAAGUAUUUCAAACUUGUUUUAAAAAUGUAGGCAGCAUGAGAAUACUGAUCAAUUGUAUUCUUUUCGCUCUAUUUCAGGCAUCAAGUCUUUUGGCUGAUGUAAAAUUAGCUCAAUGGACAGGUGAUUCUGAGAUUCAGACAGGUAAUUUAUCAGCACCUGAAGUUCAUCUAAAACAUCAGAGGUAUUUUACAGAGUAUGCAGUUCUUAGUAUUGCACAAGUACUGAUUGUUUUAGUCUGCUUAGGAACUAUCAGAAGGCGAAGUGCUACAUCUUCAAAUCAAACUUUAAUGUUAAAUAAAAACAUGGAAUCAUCGGACACUUCAACAAAAGCACAAUAUAAAAAUCUGAAUAUUAAAGAAUCAUAUGAACCGGAUGACAAAUUUCCUCAAAUAAUGUUAAUGUGGAUUCUGUGUGUGUUCUCUGUGAUGGUGAAGCUGACUGUUAUCUGCAUUUUUGUACCAAAGUUUAUUGUUGCCAUAGUGCCACUGCUGUUUGCAUAUCUGGCUAUUCAAAGAUUUGUUGUGCCAGCUUCUCAAGAACUCAACAGACUGGAGGCAGCCUCAAAACUUUCAAUUUUCUCUUAUUUUUCUGAGACACUGAAUGGAUGUCAUGUGAUCAGGGCAUUUGAUGCUAAAAAUAGAUUUUAUCAGACAUUUACUAAGCUCAUCGACCACAAUAAUGUAUUCUACUUUGCCAACAUUACAGCCAAUAGAUGGCUUGGAGUUUGGAUUGAAGCAGUGAGCAGCCUAGUUGUGUUUUUUACUGCUGUGUUUUCUCUAUCAACUCAUGAAAUUAAUGCUUCAUCAUUUGGUUUCUUUGUUGUCUGUGCUUUGCAGCAAAGAAACAAAUAUAAUACAAGCAAUGCUAUAAAAAAAGAUGAGACUAAACAAGACGAGGGAACUUAG